AUGUCAUCUUCAAUUCCAUUCCCAUCACUCCCAGGUUUCGCCCCUCACCAUGAUCCAACAGUAAAAUUUAUCUAGAAAACUCAGCAUAAAAGAGUGAGCGCCCAAAAGCAGGAAGAAAAUAAAGAUUACGUAACUGCUAGCUAGGCUAAUCGCCCUUUACCAUCAUAUCCACUUCCAAGACGUCAAAGUCCUGAAAAGCCAGACCAGUCGCGUAUGGUAGAUACUCAAUGGCGCUCCACAACGCAUUCAGUCCAUGUUCCAAUGAACUCUGAAGAAAUCACAGACCAAUUUGAGCCGACUUUUGUAAAAAUGGACCGACAAGUCUUGCGUUUCUUUGGAUAUUUCAAAGAGCCAGUCGUUGAAAGCGCAAUGGAGCAUUUCAGGGUAAAAAAAUUGAUCCUUUAUUAUUACUUUUCCAGAGAAAAAAAAAUUUCAAUUUUUAUUUUUUAUUUUUUUUAAAAAAAAAAAUUUUAAAAUUAUUACUUAGAGGACCAUACUAUAUCUGUCAUAGAGCCAAGAGAAGUUAAUUCAGGAACUCCACAAGGGCCUUUUAUAAAGAGACAAGCUAUACUUAAAGCUGAUGGAAGUGGAAUGGCUAUUGUACCAGGCGAUUUAAGGGUUGGGAGCAAUAUUUUAGUUUUUGGCAAAAAUAUCAGACUGGUCGACUGUGACCAAUAUACAAGGGAAUUUUAUGAUGUCAAUGGAAUCCCUCAAGGUCCAGCUGAGCAGAUCCCUGAUGACCCAUUUGGAAAAAGAAAAGGAGAAAAAGUUGUUUUGGUAAAAGAUGCAGCUAUGAAAGAAUUUUUAGAAAAAUCAUUAGGCGGAGGCAGACAAAAGCCCCAAAAGCAGUUUUUAGACCAUGACCGAAAAGUGCUUAGAUUUUAUUGUUCCAGUGUCGAGCACUUUAUUUUGCAUUAUUAUUUAGCUGAUGAUACCAUAGAAAUUUUAGAAAUUCAUUACCCAAAUGACGGAAAAGUUGAAUUUCCAGUUUUUCUCAGAAGAAAUAAAUUACCCAAAAAAUUCGCAAUAGGCCAGCCAGGCCAACAGUCUGAAGAAGACUACUUAAAAGAGCAUGAGAUCGAGCCAAGCACGACUAUAGAAAUUUAUGGCCGCCAAUUUAUCAUUGAUAGCGCUGACGAAUUUACAGUGAACUACUACAGGCAGCAUUACAGCAGAGUCUUCCCUAUUGGCCCAAUUCCUGACCCACCUGAAAGAGAAGUAAAUAACAUUGUAAUUCCACCUCACGAUGGCCUAGGAAGUGAAGAAGACUCCUUAGGUUACGUGUAUCGUCUCAUUCCUAAGCCUCCUUAUAAAGAUUACUUCAAGUUUAUUGACAAUUCCCAUAGAAUCCUCAGAUGGACAGCCAGAUUUAACUCUCCUCAGCCUGAAGACGUCGACCGCAAAUUUAUUAUUUCCAUGUUUCUUAAUGACGAUACCCUUCAAAUCCACGAAAUUCCUCAAAGAAACUCAGGAAUUGUGGAAGGAAAAUUCUUGAUCAGAGGGAAAUAUAAGAAUGAGAACAGAAAUAAUGAGUUUUUCCACCCUGCCGAUUUCAUUUUGGGCACUGAUUUGACUAUUAAUAGGUAUAGAUUCCAUAUUGAAAGCUGUGAUGAGCAUACACAGAAGUGGAUGGAGCAGUACUUGGGCCACUAUUAA